ACGAAGGGCGUGCACUCGCUUGAGCAUCGCCGAUCCUUCCGCUACUUUGUCGUCGAGAACUCGACGAUCCUCGGCAUGCUGGAGCAGCCGCUGGGCAACGAUCAGGACCCGCUGCCGACCGUCGUCGUCAUCAACCGCUCGCCGCAGGGCCGUCACGCGUGGAUGAUGCAGCUACGUCAGCUGUCGCGCAAGAAGUCGCUGCAGGCCGGCAGCCGCUCCUUCCUCGUGCCGCCGCCGCGGCCGCAGCCAAAGGACGACUGCGGCACGCACUACACCAUCAAGCAGAGUUACUUCCCCGAGUCCGUCGAUAACAUCCCGCAGACGCGCGCAGAAAAGAGCAUCCCGACGCUGUCGUCGCUCGUCACCGAGGCCCGGGCGGAGGAGUACGCGCGCACGGAGUCGUUCGUGCAGCAGCAGGUCAACUUCGAGGCGAUGGUGAGGAACCGAGCACCGAAGGGCGUCACCGCGGCAACGGACUGCCAGCCGCCGGGCGUCUGCCACGAGUUCCAGACGGCGCGUCUCGCUCUCUCCCACCUCGGCUUCCUCUCGCUGGAGGCGCUCAAGAGUUCGGACAACAGUCCCGUGCCGUCGCUCAUCGCGCUGGACUCUGGCGCCGACGCGCUGCACGCGGACGUGGAUGCACUCGACACACUGCGCAGCCGCACCAGUGACACCCUGUUCGUCUUCUACGUACGCAGCGGACAGAAAAACGUCGACGAGAUACUCGCUAACGCGACGGCUGGAGGCAAGGUCGACCCUCACUUCUACGAGGUACUGCACUCGAUGGGCUGGCCAGUGAACGUGCACCAGCAUCCUGGAUGGAACGGUCUACUGGAGGAACGAUGGCUGCAGCAGGCCGAGUCAGUGAGCGCCGUGCGGGGCGGCCACCACCAUCAUCAUCAUCAUCAGCAGCAGCAGCAGCAGCAGCAGCAGCAGCAGGAGGAGGGGCCGUACGACGCCGUGCGACAGAUCCUCUACUGGGCCGACCAUGCGACCGAGCUCGCCAUCAUCGCUCCGUCGCCGCGCUUCCUACACUGCCUCAAGCACGCCGACGCCCGUCCCCGCGACACAGAGUUCCCAUACGUUCCCUUGUCCAACUCGACCAGGACGCCAGCAGAUGGCACUGCCGUCUCUGCCAGGUCUGCGCUACGCCUGGAGCUGGACCUGGAGAAGCAAAAGACUGAUAAAGACAGGGUAGAGAGGAUGAGUGACAGCCCGACUGCCUCGCCCGAUCUCAACGCCUCCAACUCGAUGCGCAAGAAGAAGCACUGGAGCCGGCAGCUGAGUGUCGUCGGUCACGAGAUGAAGGUGAUGCUCGUGUGGCUGGAAAGCUUCGAGGACAACGAGACCUUCCCUGCAAGUGAACUGAUGGCUGAGCUUAGCAGCCCGGAGGCGGCGCGUCCGUGCGACAAGGACACGUUCCUCAUCUUCGUGCACGCACUGCAAAGCGGACUCUUCCGCGUCCACCUGCGUGGCGGCACUAGCAGCUCCGGCAGGAUCUCCAUGGCAACGCCACUAGUUGACGGCAUGCUCGUAAGCAGGCGAACUCUGGGCAUGCUCGUUCGGCAGACGACAGUGAACAUGCACCGCCGGCGUCGCCUCGACAGUGACAUGUAUCAGCCGCCUCACGUGAAGCGGAGACUGAAGAUACAGGAAAUCGCCUUGCGCUACCGCAGCAAGCUGGCCGGGCCGGAGUUCUACGCAGCGUUGUUUGACAACGUCACCCACAUGCAGGAGAGCAUAGUGUGAAGAAUGAAGGAAGGAAACAUGGCGCUUACUCUAGCAUGCUGAUGGGACCCGAAUUCUAGGUUAUAGUAUUCGGCAUUACCACCCAUGUGCAGGGAGAGCAUAGUGUGAAGAAUGCAGAAAACAUGGCGCUUACUCCAGCACGCUGGUGCAACCCGAAUACUAGGUUAUACUAUUCGGCAUUAUCACCCAUGUGUAGAGUGAGAAUAGAGUGAGGGAGGGAUGCACAAGAUAUGGCGCUACUCUAGCAAAUUAGCAUCACACGAAUUCGAUACAGUCACGAUUUUGUUUCUGUUUGCAUUAUACACGUGCUAAUAAUAACAUGGAGUUCUAACUAUACCCAGUAAUGAAAAUAGAUUCACUUGAAUCUUCGCAUACGUGUAUAUUUUUGUGUGUGUGUGGGGGGGGGGUGACUGUGAUGCCUGUUUGUGGUUUUAUUUGAUGUAGGUGAUCUUUGUUUAUGGCCCUUGAUCAUGUAUUUGCGAUACAAAGAAACUGUUGUUAAACUGUUAUAAAGAAUGUAUAUACAAGUGUAUGUAUAUGUGUGUGCGUGUGUUUUAUUUGCCUUAUUAUUUGCAUUAUUGCGUGUCGCUAUUUUUGGCCAACUGUACAGAAUAUUAAUAACUCAUUGAACGUACAUGAGAAUGUAUAUAUAUAUAUGCAAUAAAUGUAUAUAGUAGCUAUAAUUAUGAAUAAGUGCAUGGUAACGUUAAUUAUAUAAAUUAAGUUAUUCGUAUAUAUGAUGGCGCAUGUCCUCUUUGCGUAAGCGGUGGUGGUACGACAACCUAUUGCCUGGCAACGUAGUGACCUGUGAGUCACAUCACCUCUCCCGCAGGACUCGUUGCCAGGUUGCUCUUAAUUCUUGUUUGAUAUCUUAGAGAUGUAAUGCAAGGUAUAUACAAUAAUCUCCAUGCUCAGUGUAAAAUGACAAUUACCUUCUAGUUUCUCCUUUUGGUUUUCAGGCCACAUUUGCACGAUAAAGCCCAUCAAGAAGAAUAUAUCAGUUACAUUACGAACAAUAUAUAAUUUUAUGAAGACUAAUAUGUUCCUAAUGACGCACAUCUCGAUAUGCAUAUAUUAAUAUCAGAUGUCCAUAGCGGGGAGUGUCAUUAGGAAUAAUGUAUCUGAGUAUGCUGUUUAUAUAAAAAUUUAAUAUAUAAUUGAUAAUUAUAAUGAGCACUGAUGACGUCUUCAUUUUAGGUGGGCGAGCUAUUUUCACAUGUACGUGCUGGAUGUUGAUUAGACGUCUGUAAUAAACCCUGCUUCUUUAUCAA